CAAUAUGAAACAAUUCUUCGAAUUUUUAAUAACAACAUUUUUGCUACUCGGACUGGCCGCUGCAGACGAGCACAUUGUCUACUGGAACUCUACAAAUUCACUGUUCCGAAAUCGGCAGCCAACGAUCGAAGUUCGAAUGGGAGACGUUGUUCGAUUUGUGUGUCCGGACAAUGAGGAGGGACGAAACGAUGGCGAGUACCUGAUUGUCUAUGAAGUAACCGAGUUCGCGAUGGAUGACUGUGCUCUGGAGUCACACUCGAGAGAAGUUAUACGGUGUGCACCCGAAGGGACUGCAGAGAAGGUGCUCAGAACUCAGCAGUUGAGUGGCGGAAGACGGGAAGACUGGAAGAAGCAGAAAGUUCCGCCGAAGAAUGUGGCUCAGCUCAUCAGGCAGCUCAAUCCUAUUCCGAAUGGGAAAGAGUAUCAACCAGGGCAGACGUAUUAUUAUAUGACAACAUCGACUGGAAAAGCGAAUGGCACCAACCAUCGGAUGUACGGAUUAUGUGAAUCUCAAAACAUGCGGCUCUCGAUGAAAGUGUCUGCCAGUCAACCUCACCCAACUCGCCGAGCACCAACUCGCCGACAGGAGGAUUUUGUGACAACUGCGAGCGCCGAAUUGAUGGGCGGACAGGAGGAUGAAGAUUCAGAUAACGACAAUGCCCAUCUGCUGCCGAGGGACUUGGAAGGAUCGACGAAUCCAAAGUUUCGAAGACCAUCGCAAUUGGAGACGGCAGGAGUUGAGAAUCAGCAAUUUAUGAAGGUUGUCCAAAUGGCUCAGGCUGGCAAAACUGGCACAUUUGAAAACGAGAAAGAGGCGAUCGCGCAGAAAAGUUCGGAAAAAGACGGAUGGCAUCCGGUGAACGUGCAAUAUGUGGCUGAUCUAAUGAAUAAUGCAUAUCAGAAUGCUGAUGAGAGGAUUUCUUAUCAAAGGGAUUUUGAAAUUCACGAGGAGAAUGAUCUUGCUGUAAAAUCCUUGGAAUAUUCAUCAUCUUCAACUUCAUUAUCAACAAAUUUUGCAAUUUUACUAGCUGUAAUCUAUGUUCUAUAUUAAUUUUAUUUUCUUCCCUUUUGUUCCCAAGCUCUUCCCAAUUUCCAUUGUGAUUAUCGAGCCAUCCGGCUUAAAUUCACAUAUCCCCCAAAAUCAGGUUGUUCCAUGCUUUUCCCAGCUUCACCCUUCCGUCUCUCUCUCUUUGCUCACCGGUUUUGAAUAGUAUUUUUUUGUCAAACAUGUGACGGGUUCACACGCUCGAGUUAGAAUUUCUAUAGCUUCCAGUUUUCCUCUCAUCAAUUAGAAUGUUCAUCAAUUGAGAUGCUUGAUUUUUUUUGUUGUAUAUAAAGAUUUUUAUAAUUAA